AUGCCCCUGCAAGCUGGUCAACUCAGCCGUCCAGGGCUUCGUGGGCGCCGACACUGGUCUGGUUUGUCCAUUCUUUCGAGGCUGUCGUCGUAUCGCUCCUUUACGAGCUCAUCUUUCGAGGCUGAUGACGAGCGAUCCUCCACACACGCCACCAUGAGCUCCCGGAGCAGCGAAAGCGAUCUACCGUCGCUUGGCACACCUCCUUACCUGGGUCGUGAUGCCCGGCCCACCAGCCGCAAGGAGUUGCUCGGCUGGUACAUGUACGGCUUCGCGGCAGAGGUAUACGUCGUGUGCGGAAUCGGCUCAUUCAUCCCCAUAUUGCUGGAAACCCUGGCUCGCGAAAAUGGCGUUCUCCUGGCGAAUCCCGACAAGCCGUGCGGAUCGAGCGACAACAGAGACCAAGGUGGCCAAGGGCAGUGCGUCGUCUAUCUUCUGGGUCUUGAAAUCAACACGGCAAGCUUUGCCAUGUACACAUUCUCGGUCAGCGUGCUGCUGCAAGCGUUGCUGGUGGUGAGCAUCAGCUGCGCGGCGGAUCAUGGGCAUUACCGAAAGAAGCUUCUUCUCGCCUUCGCCUGGGCAGGCGCUCUAUCCGUCAUGUGCUACGUAUUCAUCAGCAGCCAAACCUACAUUGUCGGCGCUCUGCUGACCAUCCUUUCCAACACGUCGUUCGGGGCGUCUUUUGUCCUGCUAAACUCCUUCUUACCGCUCCUCGUACGAAACCAUCCCGAAUUAAUCGAUGCCUUUCGGCGAAGAAACACGUUGGAUCCGGAGGGUCCUGGGUCAGAGUCGCGCGCGCUGACCAACCCGAGCGGGGCUUUGCAAGAUGACGGCGCGCAUCCUGCAUCACCACUUUUGCCUCACGAAGAUGAUGCGCUGUCGGGAUGGAGACGACUGCAAAAGGCGUCCUCGGAGCAAGAAAUCACUUCAAAGGAGCUCCAGAUAUCAGCCAGAGUGUCAGCCAUGGGCAUGGGCAUCGGCUAUACGGCAGCUCUGUUUGUCCAAUGUCUGUCCAUCGGCAUUCUCGUUGCCAUGAAGAACACGACGUGGUCCCAACGAGUAGUCCUGCUGCUGAUUGGUUCCUGGUGGGCCAUCUUCACCGUCCCGUCGGCUCUCUGGUUGCGGCCCAGGCCUGGGCCACCACUACCACUGGUCAACGGCGGCCGUAAAGGGGCGCUUGGAUUUGCACCGUACCUGACCCACGCGUGGAAGUCUCUGUUUAGGACCGUUCAGCAAGCCAGGCGACUGGCAGACAUCAUGUUGUUUCUGGCCGGCUGGUUCCUCCUUUCCGAUGCCAUUGCCACAACAUCUUCCACGGCAAUUCUGUUCGCCAAGACGCAGCUGCACAUGCGACCCUGGGCGCUUGGCAUGAUCAACGUCAUGACAACCAUGGCGGGAAUUACCGGCGCGUUUGGAUGGCCCUGGGUUUCUCGGGCCCUCGGCCUCAAAGCCCAUCAGACCAUCCUGGUCUGCAUCGGCUUAUUCGAACUCAUCCCCCUCUACGGCCUGGCGGGCUAUCUACCCCUUGUCCAGCGCUGGGGCGUGAUUGGCCUUCAGCAACCAUGGGAGAUGUACCCUCUUGCCGCCAUAUACGGCCUUGUCAUGGGCGGCCUGAGCAGCUACUGUCGCUCGCUGUACGGAGAGCUGAUUCCUCCUGGAUCAGAGGCGGCCUUUUACGCACUGUACGCGAUUACGGACAAGGGGUCGAGCGUGUUUGGCCCGGCAAUCGUGGGCGCCAUUAUCGACAAGAUGGGAAGCAUUCGGCCAGCCUUUUGGUUCCUGGCGGCUCUGGUCGGACUCCCUGCGCCACUGAUAUGGCUGAUCGACGUGGAGAGGGGCAAGAGGGAAGGUGAGAGCCUCGCGGCAAGGAUUGAAGGGCGCGACGUUUGCGCAACAGAAAGCCACGGGUUGAUGGAGGGCCAGGACGGGGUGCGGCAAGGUUGA